UUAUGAAUUGGCAUUCAAUAUAGGAAAUAUAUUUAAAAUACAAUUGAUAAUAAUCAAGAAAUUUUUAUAUUUCUUGUACAAGCUAAUAAUUUUCCAAAUGAUCGUUCUUUCUUAAGUCCAGUUAUAUGUUAUUCGUCGUUAUUGUAUAUAACGAAGAAAUCGUUGAUCGACUCAUUGCGACAUAUAAUUACGAGUUAUCUGCCUUUAGUGGUGUUUUCGGAUCGUCUACUUUCAAUUAAGCGUCAUUCGUUCUAAUUAUCCCGUUAAUUAAUCCAAUUAAGAGUUAUUUGCUCUUGGUACUCUAUAUUCUUAACAUGUUUUUGCGAACGGAAUUAGAAAUGAUAACGUUUUAUUUCCUGCAAUAAUUUUAAGAAUCGAUAUUGAAACAAUAACAUUAUAAAAUAAUAUGUACGAGUCAUUUAUCAAUGGUUGAUAAUUUAUAUUAUAAUUUUAUAGCGAGGAAUGUGGUAAAGUGAAGCUUUGAAAAAAGAAGUGUACAAAUUUCAAAAUUUCCAAUCGAUACAGACGUUAAAUAUACUUUAUUAAUUUCCUUUGUUUUCGAUUUUUUUUUUUUUUUUUUUUUUUAGAUUAACUAAUUAUUUGCAAAGAAUUAAAAUUGCAUACGUUUAAAAAUCCAUAUUUUCCGUUCCAUGUAUAUUUGACCUAUUUCUAAUAAAAACGUAAAAAAAAAAAAAACAAAAAAAGAAAAAAAAAAAGAAAAAAUCUAUUAUAUUCUAUUCUAUUGUUACUUGAGAUAUGUGAGUAUUGAGCAAAUAAAACAAACUGAAAACAAGCUCAAACGGAAAUAGCAAAGAGAAACUAGUAUUAAAGCUAUGCAGGUUUUUGGCAACUAAAAUCAAAGAUCGUAAACUACCGCUAUAAUUUCAGCACUAAAAUCGUUGCCAAAGGAAGAGAGAAAAAGGGAAGGAGAGUGAAAGAGAGAGGUAGAGAGUGAGAGAGAGAGAGAGAGAGAGAGAGAGAGAGAGAGAGAGAGAGAACAUACUUAUAUAUAAUACAUAGCAUUUGAGCACGUGGGAAUAUAUGUAUUUCUCGAACAGGUCGCGUAGAAGAUCGUGUGUAAUGUCGUGUGUAAUGUUGCAAAAUUGCACUGAGCUUGAUUAGGUGUAUUUGAACACGCGAUCCCUACGAGCUACUUCCACGGUCGAUUGAUUAAAUACUCGCAUUCGUUUGGCCGUCCGCAUGCGAAAGUAGGCUUCUACUCGACAAUGUCAACAAGCUAUAUUGAUUUUCAUUUUGACAAAAAUGGAAUCGUUUGGAUCUAAAAAAAUUAAAGAAAACGAUCAGAUUUUAGCAUUUCGAAAAAAUACAAAAAUUUGAAUUCGUCGACAUUUCGUGCGAAAUCACAAGCGCGUGCGCACACACUUGUCCUGUUACAGGCGUAAAAUUUAAAUUUAAUUCAUAUAUUUAUAAAAUAUUCGACCCACGUUCUAACGAUUUUUUUUUAUUUCCCCCUUUUUUUUUCUUUUUUUUUUUUUCUUUUUUCUUUUCUUUUUUAUUAUAUAGAUCAAACUGAAAUAUGGAGCUUUUGGUACCAACAGUUUCAGAUAUCAUUUUCAAAUAUACCUGGUCUAUUGCAAAUUAUAAGAAAACUAUUUCGAAAAGUAGCUCGAUUGAUAGUCCAUCUUUUGAAUUGAACGUAAAUGGUAUUCAAAGUACAUGGAAUUUAUCUAUUAGAUUUUGGAAAGGACCCGAAGACGUAUGUUUCCUGGCUAAUAGGCAAGAGAAUCAAAAAUCCAGUAGUAUUGUGUUUGAAUAUAUUGAAUUGCAUCGUGAAGGAGGCUGAACAAGUAAAAAUACGUUUUCAAUUUGCUGUAUUCAAUGCCAAUGUUAAACAUUGGGAAUAUUGCCAUGUUAGCAGAACCAUAUUGGAAUUAAAAUCAAAUAGUAAUAUUAUUUCACUUGGCUAUAGAGAUUUGUCCAUCGUUGACAGACACCUGAAGAAAAAUGGCGAGAUCGACUUGAUGGUAAAAAUACAAAUAGUACAAUGUGAAAGUGAAAAACAUAAUUUGUCACAGGAUAUGGCUAGAUUAUUGAAAUAUUCACGUACAGCUGACACUAAACUAAUUUGUGGUGGAUUGGCUGGCAUAGAAAUACCAGUACACAGUAGCAUAAUAACUGCUCGUAGCAAAGUUCUAGCAGAAAUGUUAUCUCCUGUAUCCGUUUAUCCAAUAAAAACUGAGUUGGAAAGAAUUGAAAAUAACGAAUUGGAAAGAGAUGAAGAACAAAAAGGAUAUAAGGAAGAUCAAUAUCUAUAUUCAUUGGAAUUAUUAGACAUUUCUAAGGACACAACGGAAGAACUUCUACGUUAUAUUUACAGUGAUCAUGUCGAUAAUUUGGAUAAUCUUGCAUCUCAAUUGUUAUGUUUGGCAGAACGUUUUUGUUUACAAGGUUUAAAAGAACUUUGUGAAAGGAAUUUAAUAGAAACUAUAACUCCAUAUAAUAUAGCUAAUCGAUUGUUAUUAGCAGAUGAAUUUGGUUGUGAAGUAUUGAAAAGAGCUAGCUUGGCUUAUUGCGAAGAAAAUUUAACAGUACUUAAUAAAAGUUUAGCUUGGAAAAUGAUGGAACAAAUGAAUCCUGAAUUAUUUAAUGAAGUUUGCGAUGCUGGAAUGGGAAGUUCUAGAUCUAGUAACAUAGAUGAUAGUGAACUGAGUAAUUAAAUUUAUUCUAUUAUUCUAAUUCAAUGGAUAAGUUUAAGUGAUAAUACUUAUGGUUAUUACUUAAACUGUUGAUUUUUUUUUAAGAUGAUUUCAUCAUUUU